UGGUAACACUGUGCAUAGGAAUUUUGUGUUGACGCUCGAGUUGCGAAAUGUCGUGUUGUUUUAGAAUUAAUAAAAAUGUCUAAAUUAUGGUGAUUUGAGUUGCCUUUGUCCUUGUAUGUGAAACAGCUUCAAUUAUGGCCUCUAGGGGUGACAAAGGGAAUGGAAAUGGCGAAGAACAGAUUGUUGAGACGUUGGCGGAAGUAUUCCGCUGCUUCAUUUGUAUGGAGAAGUUGGUGGACGCACACCUAUGUCCGCACUGUUCGAAGCUGUGUUGCUAUGCCUGCGUGCGUCGGUGGCUGACGGAGCAGAGAUCACAAUGCCCGCACUGUCGUGCUGCUCUGCAUUUGCACGAGCUGGUGAACUGUCGUUGGGUGGAGGAGGUCACCCAACAGAUAGAAACUAUGCAGCAGCAACACGUCCAGUUGUGCCUGCAGUGUCCGACCCACCAAGAGAAAUUAACGGUGUACUGUUGGACCUGUCGUCGCUGCAUCUGCCACCGCUGCGCUCUGUGGGGGGGCACCCACUCGGGGCACACGUUCAAGCCGCUGGAGGAAGUGUACGAACAGCACGUCACUCAGAUAAGAGAUGAGGUGGCGCAGUUGCGAAGGAGACUUAUGGAACUGAUCAGUCUAGUGCAGGAAGUGGAGCGUAAUGUGGAAUCAGUGCGUGCAGCCAAAGACGAGCGUGUGCGUGAAAUCCGCAACGCCGUAGAGCUGAUGAUAUCCAGACUGGACUCUGCUCUGAAAGCUAAGCUGUUGACGCUGAUGGGACAGAAGAACAGCUUGACCCAGGAGACUGAGCAACUUGAGCAUUUGCUGCAGGAAAUUGAGCUUCAACUGCAUACCAGCACAAGAUCUGAAUUGAUAGCGAGGAGCGGGGAGCUAUUGAAGAUGAUCCAUCAGGUGCGCAAGAAACCGAUGGCCAGUUUCGUGACAGCGCCGGUACCGGCCGAUUUCCACAGUGAAAUCGUGCCGAGUUACGACAGCAGUACGUUCCCACUGAGCAACUUUACGCAACUGCGGCACGCCGCGGCCCCGGUGUACUCGGCGCCCCUCCACGUCAACGGGCUGUGCUGGCGGCUCAAGGUGUACCCCGACGGCAACGGAGUCGUGCGCGGCAACUAUCUCUCCGUAUUUCUGGAGCUUAGCGCCGGGCUGCCGGAGACCUCCAAAUACGAGUACCGCGUGGAGAUGCUCCACCAAGUGUCCCGGGACCCUUCCAAGAACAUAGUCCGGGAGUUCGCAUCCGACUUCGAAGUGGGCGAGUGCUGGGGCUACAACCGCUUCUUCAGACUCGACUUGUUGGCCAGCGAGGGUUACCACAAUCCGGAGACAGACACUUUGAUACUCAGGUUCCAAGUCCGCCCGCCGACGUUCUACCAGCGGUGUCGCGACCAGCAGUGGUACAUCAAUCAGCUGGUCACCAUGCAGAACCAGCAUGUACUGCAGAUCAACGAUCUCAAAGAGCGUCUCUCUCUAGAGAUGACCCGCAACUCCAUCACGGCCACCAGGGUGACUCCCAACACGUCGAACAACUCCCAGCCGGCGGCUGAAGACAACCCGUCUCAGAAUAACCCCGUGGACGGCAACACGCUGGUGGAGCCGCUCGUGUUCAACAGCCAGUGGAAGUUCAAUCCCAGUGCGCAUGGGAUCAUGAGCGGACAGAGAUUAAACAGUCCAGGUAUCCUGAACACGGGCAUGUUCGUAGAAGAAUCGCGCAACAAUGAUGUGUCUUCCCAGCCGGGCGUAGCUAGCGUGGGUUCGGUGGGCGGGGUGGGCGGGGUGGGCGGAGCCUUCGCCUUCGGGGACUUCGCCACUCCCCUCGAUAGGAGGCUGCAGCAACACGCUCUGGAUACGUACAAUCUGCCGUCCACUUCUAGGUCGGCAAAUUCGUUGCACGUGAGCCUGCACACGUUGCUGAACGCGAACACGCCGAGCCGCGUGGCGAGCAAGUUGGCCAACAAGUUGCCGCGGCAAGAGAAACAUCAGGUGCCUGCGAAAGAGUCCGCCACGCUCGCUGCGGUCGCGAGCAGCCCGGUGACUGAAGUGAGCCCCCCGAUCAACAACGUGGUGCUGUGCUCCUCCAUCUCGUCCCCCGAGCUGGUGGCGGCGGGCCAGGAAGCCAGCCAGCCGGCCAGCCCGCCCGCCAGCCAGCCGCCCAGCCAGCCACAUAAUGUGCACCCUGGCUCUGAGACCAGUAGUGACACCGCGGAUCUGAUGUUCAGCGAGUUGGAAGUUUUCGCCGACGAAAACAACCCUAGUCAUGUCGACGAGAACUCGAAUGAGGAAAAUGACGUCGACGAUGAGGCUAUGUCAGGGGAGAACGACAUCGAGGGCGCUUGCGGCGCGUCCGGCGAGCCCGGCUCGGCCGACAUCCUGAGCCGGCUGCUGUGCGCCGUGCACGGGCGCGGCGGGGCGCCGGCCGGCUCGGACGGGCCCGGCGCGGCGCCCGGCCCGGCUCGCCGCGACCGCGACCCGCAGCUGUCCACCGCCGCGCACACCGACAUGCUGCUGUUGAACCUCAUGAGGAUUAACGGGUUGACGCCUAAGCCCUCCAGGCAUGGUCCAAAACGCAACUGGUCGUCGUCAAAGCCGGAGAUGUUGGUGGGCAGCAGCCCGCCCCCGAGCGGCCGCCCGCGCCGCCCGAGCGGAGCGAGCGCGCGAGCGAGGCGGGCGCCGCGAGCGCAGCCGCUGUCGCCGGGACAGUUGAGGAGGGGUGACGAUCUGCGGGCGUCUAGUUCUAGUCACGGCGUCCUGCCGGGCGCGCUGCCGGCGCCGGCGCAGUCCCCGGAGCGCGGCGCGCUGUCGCCGUCGCUGGGCUACGACUACUGGCCCUCCGUCUCCUCCGUCAGCGACAAUGACGAGGUCGAGCUCAUUCUGGACUAUAACGACACGCUAUUCGACCUGCUGCUAAACAGCCUAUCAAUCGACGCCGGCGAGUCGGAUUCCCCGCGCCCCGCCACGCCGCCCGCGCAGCCCUGGAGUCCGCUCGCCGCGCACGCCACGCUGCAGAGCACGCCACACGCCACUCCACACGCCACGCCACUCGCUACACCACACGCCACGCCACACGCCACGCCGCCGCCACGUGACACUGAUUGACGCUACAGACAACUGAUGACGCGCCGCAAGGAGUAUUAUCAUUGAGAUUGACCGAGUACUGCACCCGCGAUCUUAGGAUUUGACACGUUCGGCAAGCGCAUUAGCUAUUUUUAGUAAUAAACAAAAUUCUGCGCAGCAUCCAUAGAGUAGAAUUUUGGUUCAGCUUACAUGUUGAAAAUUAUAUCUGAAUUGGGAAGAAGUGCUUUCGCCAGAAAAAUUUUGCGGUCGUUAAAGCAAAUUUGAAAUUUUAGAUUUAUCGAACUUAGACUAUGUACUGCUUGAGAUUUCAUACAAAAGUACUUUUGAUUUAUUUCCAAACGAAUUGUAAUUGAAUUCAAUUGAAAUUGUGUCAAAGUGGAGAAAUUCUAGUCUUAUUAUUGGUUUCUACUUGAGAUAAUUUGUUGGUAAAUUUUUUCGAAGUAAAUUCGUAUGAAAACACUGAGUAGCCUCAAGAGUCUGCUUAUAACUUUUAAGAUGAGGAAAUUACAGGGGAGAUGUACGUCUUUAUCGAAUGCACGUCAGUGUAGACGCGGGUUUACGAUGCAAUGUGUGCCUGGUGUAUUUAUCUUUAUUUUAGUCAUUUAUGAAAUAUGUAAAUAAAAGAUGUGUUUAAUCACCUUGACGGUCGUUUAGUUUGCAUCUUGUAGAUUUUUAAGUACAAGGUAUUUGGUAAAAAAAAAACCGCAUUAUCUCAUAAGAAUGAUGUUUUUGAUUAUCCUUUUGACUUCAUUAACCUGAUUAAUAAUAAUAAUUUUUUUUUUGCAUCGAUUUCUCGAAUCGUUUCUGGAAUUUACUCCUAAUUCUUGGUAUUAUUUUCAAAUCUGAGUCAUUACGUACCUUUUUUUUGAAAUUUGCUCAAUUUUUGCUCUGAAAGUCAUGGGGACUAAUUAGAAAUAAACAAUUCAUGUGUUCACUAUUCAUGUCUGUAGGAAGGAAGAAAGAAUUAUAUUCAAUCAGUUCUUAUUAAAUUCGUUACUUAUGAGAAAAACUUAUACAAUUUGAUCUCGGCUUUAUUUAAGACGAUGGCUAUUGAUAGUCAAACAAUACAUUCUCUGAACAAUCUACGAACCGAUUGAUCCAAAUAAUAAAAAAUGUACUGCCAAGCUUGUGAAAUUGUUUUGGAUUCGACAAUUUUUAAUAGUUCGUUUGUCGGCCAUACCUACCCAAUGACCGACAAAUAGAUAUAUAAAAUAUUUGACUAAAAAAUUUGGAUCUCAUUAUUUUAGUCCAAAAUUCAUGACAUUUUGAGUAGUAUGACUCUAUUUUUCUGUUACGAUUGGUCAAUACCUGAGCCGUCGCUUAAUGACGUUUAUUAUAAUCUUGAUAUUAUUUUCUUUAUAUAAGAUAGUAUAGUAUAUUAAUUUAGUCUUAUCCUAAUUUUGUGUAUUUUUAAAGCAUUUAUUUAUACAAAUAUAUAGUCACGUCUAUCUAUAUCCCUUGCGGGGUGGACAAAGCCAGUUCAAGCAAGUUCAGCUGUAUGGCUUUAUGGUGGAAUUAAUUUAUUGUCGCAUUUAUUUUAUGCUCUCGUAUAAACUGGGCUUAUGACACAAAUCAUUUGGUAUCUUAAAGACUCUGUAAGCUACUUCAUGAUCUACUGCACCAGACUUGGGUUCGUGAUAAUUUCUUAUAUAAUUUCAUUUUAACAAAACAUGCUAAAGCAUUUUCGAAUUACUUUUGUCAUGUAAGUCCAGUUAAUAAAAUCAACUCAAUGUAUUUUAUGCUUUAGACAUUUAUUUUAUCUUUAAAAUAUGGUGAAGUGCCAACGAAAUAUUUUCCUUUUUAUUUAAGGAAAAUACUUUACACUGAAAAUAAAUAAUUAAAUUUUAUUUUUUCAAAGAAUAAUAUUUAUGUAUCCAUCAGGACCAUGUAUAGAAAUAACAUAUUAACACAAUAGGAUGAGCAUAAUAAUUCUUAUUUCACUAUUAUUAUAACGUUUUUUGAUCCAUUUCUGGGUUGAUAUUUACAUAAUAGUUCAAAUUAUUUAAUGUGAUCGUAGGUGUUCGGCGGAGUCGCCCAGGUAUUAUUAUAUUUAAUCACUUAGUUUAGUGCGAAGCGACUGAGUUCAAACAUGUGUGAUUGAUCUGCUUAGGUGAAGUGUGGAAUGAGUAAUGUUAGGCUUUUGUGUCGUGUGCACAUGCGAAAACAAAAUGUUAGAUGCAACAGUUGGAAAAUAAAUUUUAAGUUAAACUUGCAGUUAAAGUAAAUUGUACGAGUGUUUUUGGUUUAUUAAUAAGACUUGUAAUAUGAACUAAUUAUCUAACUAAUUGCUUAAAUGUAAUGAAAACAUGCUCAAAUUCGUAAAAUAGACUUUCUUGAAAAUAAAUUACAUUUUUAACUUGACAGACUUGGGAGUUUCAAAGUAUUUUCUGUUUUCAUUCUUGCAUCUCAUUUUGUUUUCAUUGUGUGGCAAAAAACGCAACAUUCUAAACUGAACUAUUCGUACGACUUUCCAUUUCAAAAUGAAGAUUCUAUUUUUGAUGUAUUUCGAUUGAAAGAGAAAAGGUAUAUUGAUGGAUAAUGUAAUUGUUUCAAUAAAGCAUAUUAUGAUUGUCAA